GAAAACUGACUGACGCUCAUGAUUAUAUGACCGUGCAUGAACCUCCUAGGAGACCAGAUACCAAGGAUGAGGUAGUUCGUGGCGGUAAUGCCAAGGAGAAGCGUUCCGUCAAGGAGAGGUUCGAGACAGGAAAUGGAGGUUUCGGAGCUUCAUCUUCAACGCAGACACCGAGUUCCGAAAGCGACUAUGAUUACUAUGAAGACGAAAGUGCUGAUUAUAAUUGGUCCAAGGAUUAUUACAAAUACAAGCAUUAUGCCAGGCAUUACAUGUACUCUGAUCUCUUCACUUCCGACUUUCCGAUUGAAAAUGGCGGAUUAUGCCCUAACAGCACGAGAAUUUUCGUCUUUGUCAAUUCACGCGUCGAUAACACCGACACCAGAAGCGCCAUUCGCAAAAGCUAUCUAAAGAUCUUCGCCAAACAAAAGAUUCCUUAUGCUUUCCUUAUCUCGAAACCUUCCAGUAAAUCAGCAAUGAUUAAACUAGAAGAGGAAAACCGAAGAUUUAACGAUCUAGUGGUUGUUGGAAGCCUAGAAGACUAUACAAAUUUGACACUGAAGACGGGUCUCAUGAUGCGCUGGGUUGGUCGCCAUUGUCCCGCCGACGCCUAUGUUGCGAAAGUUGACGAUGAUGUCUAUGUGAACGUACCCAGGUUCUUAAAGGUUCUGGAGAAGAAAAGGCAAAAUACUGUGCUCGGUCAAAUAUGCUCAAACUGCGUGCCAAACACAGGGAAUAAUUUACCUCUACACAUGGCCCUUGAAAUGACACUUGGCCUGCAGACGCGAAAGAACAUGCCCCUCACAACCUUCCCCCCUUUUGCUACGGGGCCUGCUUAUGUCAUCAUGGCAGAUGUAAUUCCCUUGUUGGAGGAGGCGUCUCAGCUGAUGCAGUACUUCAGCUUUGAAGACGUGUUCUGGACAGGUUUCGUUGUGGAGAAGAUCAACCAAGAUUUUGGCCAGACUGUGGGAAUGACCCAAGAUCCCGAGAGUGUGAGGUUCAAAUACCUCACAAUGAGGGCCAAGAGUAAGCCCUUGGGAGUGACUGUCAAGCGUGAGAAUGUCCCCGGAUGGCGUCUUGACUACAAGACUUCGCAGCACCUACAGGAAGGUCUUCGCAAGACCCGUGAGGCUGUUAUUGUUCAUAGAAUAGACUGGGAGAAAGACAGGGCAUUUGUGGAGGUUCUGGAUCGGGCUUUUGGGAAAGGAUGGGCUAGAGGGCUGUAGGAAUGUCUUGCCUUCUGUUACUACUGUCUGACUGAUGAUUUGUAUUUUCUUUUAUUUACUGCGCUGUUAUUUGUUUACAUCUCUCUGUCGCAAUCAAAUAUAUGUACAUGCACAUAGAUACACAGACACUGGAAGACAAGUACAAGCACAGGUGCACUCACACCCAUACAUAUAUAUGGACAAAGAGACAGAUACAUGCUUGUAUCCAAAACUUUUUCACUUAUUUAAUGAGUUACAAUAUGACUGAUUUCUGCAUUAAUAACCUUUCCAUAUUCAAUUUGCAUGCACUGCAUUCUCAGUUUACUUUACAGACUAUUAAAACAUUACGAGAAAAUGAAUUACAUAAUCUGUAUUCAUAAUUGAAUGGUUAUCAUUUAUCUAUCAGUGUAACACACAAAAAGGGCAUUUCCUAGUAUGAAAAUACUAAGUGUUCCAUGUAUAUUUGUAAGAUUACAUGGUUUAAACACAAAUAUGUAUAUUGUAUUGUAAAUUUGAAAUUUAAAAACCAUAGUGGACCAAUUUUUCACUUACAAAAAUAUUUGUUCCUUUAAUUAUAAAAUAUGUAAGCUUUAUCUAAGCAGUUAUCUUAAAGAUCUAUGAAACUACAGAAAAAUAAUUAAAGUAUUUCAUAAAAUCACCAUUAUAUUGGCCAUGAGAUGAUGUAAUGUUGUUUUCUUUAUAUUGAUAUCGAUAUUAUCCUUAUUAUUACUGACUAUUGAUAUUGAUACUAUCAUUAUUAUUACUGACAUUAUGGUUAUCAUAUUAAAAUACUUAUAAAAA